AUGGCCCCUAUUAAAAGACUGGCGUCCAACGGUGUCGUUGAGCACUCUCCCAAGAGGCUCGCAGGAGACCUUAAUGAGAAAGAAAUGAGCUCGGAUUCGGAAUCCUUGUCUGACGAAAGCAUGGAGGACCCAUUUGCUGCUCAUGCAGCUGCCGUAGCCGUUUCGGGGUCAGUAAAUAAUAACCAGUGGCAAGGAACAAUCACUGAAGUGAUCAAGGCUGUUGUCUCUAUCCAUUUCACAAAUAUCACCAAUUUCGACACUGAGGUGUGUCUAACCAGUGAGGCCACUGGUUUCGUUGUUGACUCAAAGAGGGGCAUCAUCUUGACCAAUAGGCACGUGGUGGGGCCUGGCCCCUUCUCUGGGUACGCUGUUUUUGAUAACCACGAGGAAGCCGUGGUGAAACCAAUCUAUAGAGACCCAAUUCAUGAUUUUGGGUUUUUGCAGUUUGACCCCAAGACUGUGAUGCAUAUGAAGAUCCAUGAGCUAGAACUAAGGCCGGACUUGGCAAAAGUCGGUACAGAGAUUAGAGUGGUUGGUAACGAUGCCGGUGAAAAAUUAUCCAUCUUAGCUGGCUUCAUAUCUCGGUUGGAUAGAAACGCUCCUUACUACGGUGCCCUAACUUAUAACGACUUUAACACUGAAUACAUUCAAGCCGCUGCAUCUGCAUCUGGUGGAUCUUCUGGGUCGCCAGUAGUGAAUGAAAUUGGCCAGGCGGUGGCCUUGCAAGCCGGAGGCUCCACCGAAGCAUCCACUGACUUCUUUCUCCCGGUUUUCCGCCCAUUGCGUGCUUUACAGUGCAUUCAGCAGAGCCAGCCAAUCACAAGAGGCGACAUACAGGUGGAGUGGGUGCUACGUCCAUUUGAAGAGUGCCGAAGAUUAGGCUUAACACCAGAGGCAGAAGCAGAAGCAAGAAGACGUUUCCCUGACAAACUGGGCCUUCUUGUUGCUGAAAUUGUUCUUCCAGAAGGUCCUGCUGAUAAUAUCAUAAAAGAAGGUGAUACCCUUAUCUCGAUCAACGGUGAAUUUAUCGACAGCUUCAUCAAGGUCGACGAGAUCUUGGACGCCAAUGUCGACAAAGAGCUUGAGUUUGUUUUCCAAAGAGGAGGACACGAGUUCAAGCAAAACAUCAAGAUUGGCGACUUGCACAAGAUUACACCCAGCAGAUAUGUAGAAGUUGCUGGUGCAUCUUUUAAUGAUCUUUCUUACCAGAUGGCCAGGUGCUACUGCAUUCCAGUGAAGGGCGUAUUCAUCAGUGACGCGUCGGGCACUUUUGAUGUUUCUCCAAAUGAAAAAACUGGAUGGAUUUUGGACAAAAUCGAUGAGAGACCGACUCCUGAUCUCGAUACGUUUAUUGAAGUCAUGAAGGAGAUACCAGACCGUCAAAAAGUGACAAUUGCUUACCGUCACAUGUCUGACUUGCAUACCAAGAACGUCCAUGUUGUCUACGUCGAAAGGCACUGGCAGUCCGAUUUCAGAUUGGCCACUAGGAACGAUAAAACUGGUCUUUGGGACUUUCAAUCGUUACAAAAAGAUCCCUUACCACCUCAAGAGAUCGCUCCACAAAAUGCCAGAUUUGUUGAUAUCCCAUUCUCAGAUAACCGCAGACAGGAGUGUGCUCAAAUGACCAGGUCAUUUGUUCAAUUGAGAACGAUAUCACCUAUCUCGGUUGAUGGAAGCUCUUUAAGAAAAGAUGCUGGGUAUGGUGUUGUCGUUGAUGCAGAAAACGGCUACGUUUUGGUGUCGAGAAAAUUUGUCCCCAACGACGUUCUCGAUGUAUAUCUUAUCUUUGCAGAAUCCGUGGAUAUCCCUGGCAAAGUUGUCUUUUUGCAUCCUAAUCUCAACUAUGCCUUGGUGAAGUACGAUGCAUCCAAAGUGCUUGCUGAUGUCAGAACUCCCAGAUUUUCCAGAACCCCUCUCAAACGAGGUGACAAGUCUUUCUUCGUUGGAUACAAUUACCAUUUCCGCAUGGUGACUGAUGAUGUCACCGUCAGCUCUAUUUCAUCGCUUAACAUCUGCGCUAACCCCACAACUCCACGUUACAGAGGUACCAAUCUUGAGUGUAUAUUGCUCGAUAGCAAAAUCGCUCAGGAAUGUGACACCGGAGCUCUUAUAGAUGACAACGGUACAUUGCGUGCAUUCUGGUUGACCUACUUGGGUGAGCAAACCGAGGGAAUCUCUGACGUCAUGUACCGUAUGGCCUUGGACGUCUCUGAUGUGCUUCCCGUAAUUGAGGGUUUGAAAAACAACGAGAUUCCCAAAAACUUGCGUAUCUUGGACGCAGAGCUCACUCCCCUCACCGUCUUCCUGGGUCGUACGAGAGGAGUGCCACAAGAAUGGAUCACCCGUUUCGAGGAGGAAUGUCAAGACGAAGUUAAGUUUUUGUCGGUGUACAGAGUCAGUGCACCUUCAGAUGAGAGCCGACCAUGUCCUCUCCAGACAUCUGAUAUCAUCCUCACUGUGAAUGACAAGCUUGUUAAGAGUGCCAGGGAUCUCAGUGACAUGUAUACGAACGACGUGCUUAACUUCAAAGUUGUUCGUCAGAAGAAAGUUCAGGACAUCGCUGUCCCUACCGUUGAUACCUCUGCCCUUAUCACAUCUCGCAUUUUCUUCUGGUGUGGUGCUGUCAUUCAAGAGCCCCACCAUGCUGUUCGCCAGCUUAUGGAGACCAUUCCGUCCAAAAUCUACGUUGCCAAGAAGCACGCUGGUGGUCCAAUGGCACAGUACGGUAUUCUGACCAGUGUAUUCAUCACCCACGUCAAUGACCAAGAAACUGUUGACUUGGAGUCAUUCAUAAGAAUCGUCACGGCCAUUGCAGACAACACCUACGUGAAGUUGCGUCUUGUCUCGUUCGACCAUGUUCCUGGAGCUGUUUCCAUCAAAACCAACUACCACUACUUUCCUACACAAGAGUUGAGAAAGGACCUCGACACAGGUGAGUGGAAGGAAGUCCAGCACAAAUGCGAGUGA